AUGCCUCCAAAGGGUGGAAACGCAAAGAAAGAGUCUGGGAGAGCGAAAAAGGCGGAAAAUGAGGUGAAGAAGAAGGAGGCCGCAGCGGCUGACCGCGAACGACAAGAGGCAAAGAAGUGGGAAGAGGGUGCACGAGUGGACAAGAGUGCGGAUGCUAGAGCAAAACAAGAGGCUGCUGCAGCAAGGAAAGCGGAAGCGGCGAGAUUGUUGGCAGAGGAGGAGGCGAGUAUAGGAAGUUCAUCCAAGGCAAAGGCUCCAAAGGCUGCGAAACCUGUCAAGAAGACGGUACCUGCACCCUCCAUGUCGAGCACGGCCGAGACGAGCGGCAAGGGGAAAGGAAAGGCGGACGAGCCACAGCCGGCUCCGGCUACGUCGAGCAGCGUUUACGAUAUGGUCGAAAGCUUUAGCGCGUCCAAUCUGGAUGAUGCUUUGGAUCUGCUCGAAGUCGUAAAUGCAAAGACGGACAAGGAUAGCGUUGGCAACAUGGCUAGCGGGCUAGAGAAACACCCAGAGCGCCGAUUCAAAUCAGCGUUCGAGGCUUACAUGGAGAGGGAGCUCCCAGAGCUCAAGAAGGACCGCCCUGGGCUUCGGCUUCAGCAGUACAAGGAGCUUCUAUUCAAGUCGUUCCAGAAGAGUCCAGACAACCCAUUCAACCAAACUACCGUCUCAUAUGAUGCUACCAAAGAAGAAAAGAUAGAGGCAUUGAAGAAGCGACAAGACGAGAUCCAGGAGCGUCUGCGAGAGAAGAAGGGACUAGGGAGUCCGUGA